CUCCCUGGGUCUGUCUGUCCUGCACAGAGUAAGCCCUGUCCAUCUGUCCGCUCUCUGCCCGUCAGCGGCGCAUCUGCCCUUCUCUUCUGGCUCCGCCCCGCAUCUGUCCGGAACCACCUCGCGUCAGAGCUGGCCCAGUGCGCGUCUGCCACUCAGUCCCUCCGGACCUGCGGCGAAUCUCAGGCUGCCGAAAUCACCGCGCGUCAUUCGCCUCAACGGUGAUUCUGAGUCUGCUUUUAGCUUCUCUGGCCUUGGCUUUUUCUGUUCCUGAACAGCUGCUUGGCCCGUAUCUUAGAGAAAGCAGUCUUUUUUCUCUCUCAAGAGAGGUUCUUUUCAGUGUUCAGAGAGAUGGGGAGUGGGGAGCCUAAUCCUGCUGGCAAGAAAAAGAAGUAUCUCAAGGCUGCCCUUUACGUGGGUGACUUAGACCCAGAUGUCACUGAGGACAUGCUAUAUAAGAAGUUCAGGCCUGCUGGCCCUCUGCGCUUCACCCGAAUCUGCCGUGACCCGGUGACCCGCAACCCCCUGGGUUAUGGCUACGUUAACUUCCGCUUUCCUGCAGACGCUGAGUGGGCCUUGAAUACUAUGAACUUUGAUUUGAUUAAUGGGAAACCGUUCCGCCUUAUGUGGUCUCAGCCAGAUGACCGUUUAAGAAAGUCUGGAGUUGGAAACAUAUUCAUCAAAAACCUAGAUAAGUCCAUAGACAAUAGAGCCCUUUUUUAUUUAUUUUCUGCUUUUGGUAACAUUCUUUCCUGCAAAGUCGUAUGCGAUGACAAUGGCUCAAAAGGUUAUGCCUACGUGCACUUUGACAGCCUGGCCGCUGCCAAUAGGGCCAUCUGGCACAUGAAUGGAGUGCGACUCAACAACCGCCAAGUGUAUGUUGGCCGAUUCAAAUUUCCAGAAGAGAGGGCAGCUGAAGUCAGAACCAGGGACAGAGCAACUUUCACUAAUGUUUUCGUUAAAAACUUUGGCGAAGACAUGGAUGAUGAAAAACUGAAGGAAAUUUUCAGUGAAUAUGGGCCAACUGAGAGUGUUAAGGUAGUAAGAGAUGCCAGCGGAAAAUCUAAAGGGUUUGGAUUUGUGAGAUAUGAGACACAUGAGGCCGCCCAAAAGGCUGUGCUAAACCUCCAUGGAAAGUCCAUGAAUGGUAAAGUCCUGUAUGUAGGGCGAGCACAAAAGAAAAUUGAACGUUUGGCCGAAUUAAGGAAAAGAUUUGAACGACUGAGAUUGAAAGAAAAAAGUCGGCCUCCUGGGGUGCCUAUCUAUAUUAAGAACCUGGAUGAGACCAUUGAUGAUGAAAAGCUGAAGGACGAAUUUUCUUCCUUUGGAUCAAUUAGCAGGGCCAAAGUGAUGGUGGAAGUGGGGCAAGGCAAAGGGUUUGGUGUCGUCUGCUUCUCCUCCUUUGAAGAGGCAACCAAAGCAGUAGAUGAGAUGAAUGGUCGUAUAGUGGGCUCCAAGCCCCUGCAUGUCACCCUGGGCCAGGCCAGGCGCAGGUGGUGAAAAUGAGAAUACACAGUUUAUUUCAGCCUUAAGCUGGUGCCUACUUAGUUUGGGCUACUUUGUGAUAAGAGAUUAUUUUAUGCCCAUUCACAGGUUUUUUGUUGUUGUUGUUGUUGUUUUUGAAGGGAAUACUUUCUUUUGAAGAAAGUGCAACUAGAAAACCUUGUUCAUUUUGGUGAAUAACAUAAUUUUUAAUUGUGAAAUUGUCAUUUUUGUACUAUUUUUUGAUAUGAUAUUCUUGGGGAAAUGUGGAAUAAAUUUUAUUCCUUCACAUAUUUUUUUCCUUAGACCAGUCAAGGUGAGGUAAUAGAUUGAGUAUAUUUACUUCUUUACUUCAGUAAUAGUACUAAAUUUAAUUACUUCUAUGAAAAUAGUCUUAUAAUGCUUCUUACUUCUGAAUCUAUCACAGUGAAAACUUCUAACUUGAUAUUUGAAGAAUCAAUAGAAUGGGGAGAAAUAUAUGUGACACAUUAACACUUGUGCAUAAUUUCACUUUAAAUUAUUAUUUUAAAUGAAUAUUCUUUUAAAAAAUGUGAUCUUUCCUACUUCCCUUUAUUUAUUAAUGUAUUUUUCUCUAUUAAUAUACUGUGUGUAUAUCACAGACUGGGUAAUGGCUUUGACUAAGUGUUGGGAAUUUUCUUUAUAACUUCAUAUCCAGAGAAGUGAGCACAUUGGUAUUUUCUCAAUCAGUACUUUAGAAAAUUAACACUUUAGGCACUUUUCAUUUAAAUCAUGUCACAUCUUAAAAACCUUUCCUGAAAGAUUUGAUAUUUGAGGAAAGUCUAAGGACACUAUUGCCACUAAUUUUUCUUAGAUCCAUGAUACAUCUAUGUGGACCAUAUUAAGUUAACUAGAUGUAUACCUGCACUGAAAUGCCUUCUCAAAUAAUUUGAAGAUUUUACCUUCGGCCUUUUCUGACAAAAUAAAAGGAAAUCAAAAUAACAGUGUUGAAAGACUGCUUUGAAGACCAUCUUCUAUUGAACUUGCCAUUAUAUUUAUUUUUUAAAUAAGUCUGUGUGAUAACAUUCACAAAUAUUUCAGUUAAGAGAAAAUUUGUCUCUCUUAAUUAACUGACAUCCCUCCAUCUUAUUAUAUUAGAGCUAUUAAUCCAGUAUGAUUCUCUUUAUGUCUGGCUGUUUGGAAGUUAUGACAAAAUGUUAUGUUCUAUAUUACAGUUAUAUUAUUUAGCCUAUAAUUCCUAGAUUACAGAUUUUCUGUAUUUCAUUUACAGUUCCCUCUCCUUCCCAACCAUCUACCUUCUAUCCAUAUUAUAAUUAUCUUUGUUUCCUUUGCAGUGCCUUUCUGUUAAUAAAUGCCAGUUCCAAUCAAUUUUGGAAGUAGAGAAAUAAAUAACUAAUUGUUAUAAGAUUUAAAUAAUUACCUUUUAAAAAUAGUAUUCACUUAUACCACAGAUACAACCAGAACUGAAUGUGUUAUCUCUAUUCUCAGCUGUUUUUUUUUACCUUUUAUAGAAACAUUUGAUUUAAUUCAUAACUCAAUAUAAAGAUAUAAUUUUGUUAACACUUUUGUUAGCUAUUUGCCCAUAAAAUAAUGAGAAUAACUCGUUUAUAGGUAAUUAUUUACUACAGAUUCCACGUAUAUUCAUUAUCAAAUAUUUUAAAUGGAAAUUGUUGUUCUAUUGAAAUAGACAUAAUUCAUGUUCAUUGUAAAGAAAUGUACACGAUGCAAAAUUUAUAAAGAAGUAAAAUUUCCACAGGUCAGAGAUAACCACUAUUAAUAUUUUCAGUGUAUGUAUAGCCUUCCAUGCCUUUUGCCCCUGUAAGCACAUUGUUUUACAAACAAAAAAGAAAACAUACUAUAUAUGUGUUAUGAGUCAUAUUUGAAUUUUAAAACAGAACAAUCAUCUUUCCAUGUUAAAAAAAAUAUAAAUCUGUAUCAUCAUUUAACAUAGUACAGCAUAUUAUGUGGAUGUACUAAACUUAUAUAAGCAGUUCAUUAUUGAAUAAUAUUUAUGUUUUCCAUUUGUAAACAAUACUAUGAUGAACAUCCUUGCUUCAAACAGUGUGUUAUAACGAGCUUGAGAAAAAACAUGAAUAGCAUGUAAAAGCUAAAAUCUAGAAAAAUUAAAAUGCACAUUAAACUGAUAUAUCCAUCAAAAUUUUGGAAAACGUUCAAGAAAAAUUCAUUUAAAAUGAUAAAAAAAUGAAAGUUGAAACUAAGGUGAGAUGACUUCGUAUUUUGGAAGUUACUUGUUUUAUAUCAUUGUGAUCAUGAAAAUGAUGCAA